AUCAUAUCCAAACCCUAACAUUUUCCCCUGUCUUCUUCGUUCAGCAAUUCGUCUACCUCACUUCGUCUUUCAGCCAGCCGCCGUUUGCUUAGUCUCCUACAGCUGUAAAUGUGUCAGAACAUCUAAAUACCGGAGCCGAAAAGGAUUUGAAAAACUCUAAGUUCCAAAAUGGCGCUCCGCCGAGCUGGGGCAGCUUCGUCAGGCAUCCUCCGUUCAUUUCUUCGAACUCCGCUUAGACAUCCGUUUUCAUCCGGCACUGUUGAGAAGAUAGAGCCUGAAGCAGAGUUCUCAUGGAAGGAGAUGAUGAGCCAAAUGGUAACAAUGGACACAAGCUCUCAAAUAGGGAGUUCUAUGCCUCUGUCGAUGAUGCGAAUUGGGACACAGAUCCACAACAUUGAGCUCCGACCAGGGCAGGGUGGGAAACUUGUUAGAGCUGCCGGGACCUCUGCAAAAAUACUCACGGAGCCCCAUAGAGCGGCCAGGCUUGUCGAGAUAAAGUUACCAUCGGGCGAAAAGAAAUUGAUUGACAAAAGGUGCAAGGCGACAGUCGGGAUGGUGUCAAAUCCAGAACACGCAAAAAAGAAGCUGAGAAAGGCUGGGCAAAGCCGGUGGUUGGGACGGAGGCCAACGGUGAGAGGUGUUGCAAUGAAUCCCGUGGAUCAUCCGCACGGCGGCGGUGAAGGCAAGAGCAAGAGCAGCGGAAGCCAUGGCCGCGUCUCCCAAACACCAUGGGGAAAGCCCACCAAGUGCGGCUACAAAACUGCUCGUCUAAAGAAGAGGAACUAUUAAGGUAUUCAAUGUUGCUUCUUGAAUUCGCGCAUGCUCUACCAUGUUUUGCCGUAGGGAUCUAAUAAUUUUUCCUUGUUUCAAACACUAAAGAGUCUUUCCAACAAGCGACUUAUUACCCUUUUUCAA